CAAAUAUGCUGACAAUAGUUGAAACCUUCACCUUCCUCCUCCUCCUUAUGUGUAUAUAUACGACCUAAACGCGUGAGCAAUAAUAUAAUCCGGAAUAGAAAUAGCCAAUAAAAACCAUGCCGGUACCUAGACAUAUAACGCCUUGCGGAGUCCUCUUCAAGUUUUUUGUGAUCUCAACCCUCAUUUCUACAAACCAUGCAUGCAACAAAGCAGAUCGAGAAUCUCUUUCAUCAUCUUUCGAUGCCCCUUCUUUAAAUUGGUCUUCUAGUAGUGAUUGUUGUCACUGGGAAGGCAUCACUUGUGAUGAGGAUGGUAGGGUAACACAUUUGUUGUUGCCCUCCAAACGGCUCCAAGGAGGGGUUUCUCGCUCUCUUGGAAACCUCAUGCAUCUUUCGCACCUCAAUCUCUCCCACAAUUUGCUUUCAGGCUCUUUUGAAGCCGGAAUGUUCUUGUCCUUGAGUUGCCUUGAGAUCCUUGAUUUGAGCUAUAACCUUUUCUUCGGAGAAGUACCAUUAUCUUUAUCAUCAAGUUACAUCCGAACAGUUGAUUUUUCUAGCAAUCAAUUCAACGGAACAAUUCCAUCUUCAUUCCUCCAGCAUGCCUGGAAUUUGAGCAGUUUGAAUGUCAGCAAUAAUCAUUUUACAGGCCAAAUACCAUCCUCUAUCUGUCUUCGUUCCUCUUCACUUAGAGUCUUGGAUUUCUCCCACAAUAGUUUCAAUGGCUCAAUUCCUCUCGGACUAGGAAACUGUUCAGAAUUGGAGGUCUUUCGUGCUGGUGAAAAUACUUUGUCAGGGUCUCUUCCUAGUGAUAUCUACAACGCUCAGGCACUUCAAGAAAUUUCAUUACAUUCCAAUAGGCUUUUCGGUCCCAUCAGUGAAAAUAUUGGGAAGCUCUCCAGUUUAAAGCUCAUGCUCCUUCAUUUCAACAAUCUCGAAGGUCCUUUGCCCCCACCUUUGAUGAAUUGCACAAACCUUGUUGAAAUAAAUCUGGGAUACAACCGCUUUAGUGGGAAUAUCUCCGUGCUUGAUUUCUCUGAACUUACUCAACUUAGUAAACUAGAUUUUGUAGCUAAUCUGUUCACUGGUAUCUUGCCAAUAAGCCUUUACACAUGCAAAUCCCUCAAAGCACUUCGACUGGCUGAAAACAAUCUUGAGGGACAAAUACAACCUGAGAUUCUUUCGUUGAAAUCGUUGUCCUUCCUCUCGCUUUCUGAAAACAGAUUGACUAAUGCCACCGGUGCAAUGAAGAUAUUGAUGGGUUGCAAAAGUCUCAGGGUACUCCUUCUUUCAGAAAAUUUUCUCGGUGAAGAAAUGCCAGAUGUUGAUAUUAUGGUUGAUUCUUCUGGGUUCCAAAAUCUAUCCAUUUUGAGCUUCUAUAGGUGCCAGUUGACAGGUCAAGUACCUUUAUGGUUGUUGAAGCUCAAGAAACUCGAAGUCUUGGAUCUGUCUUUUAACAGACUCACGGGCCCAAUACCUGGAUGGUUGGGGACUCUACCAAGUCUUUUCCUUUUAAUACUGAAUCAUAACUUGAUUUCAGGAGAAUUUCCGAAGGAGCUUUGCAGACUACAAGCAUUGGUAUCACAAAAUGCUGCAACUCAAACAGGCUAUGAUUAUCUCGAGCUUCCCAUCUACUACCAACGGGUUAAUGCGUCUGUAACUCCCUUGCAGUACAAGUAUCUGUCCAACAUGCCAAGAGCAAUCUCCCUCAGGAAUAACAGUUUAAGUGGUAAUAUACCGUUUGAGAUUGGUCAAUUGCAACUUCUUCAAGAACUAGAUCUUAGCAUCAACAACUUGUCUGGAGAAAUUCCAAACCAAAUAUCGAACCUCACAAGUUUGGAAAGAUUCGACCUCUCAAGAAAUCAUCUGUCAGGAGAAAUCCCAGCAUCAAUAUCAAGUCUCCACUUCUUGUCUUCAUUUACAGUUGCUUACAACAACCUUCAAGGAAUAAUACCAUCCGGCACUCAAAUCGAAGGCUUGAAUGCCACUGCAUUCGAGGGGAACCAAGGACUUUGUGGUGCCCCACUUCCAAACAAAUGCCAGCAGAUGAAUACAAGUAAUGACACUACAGAUGUGCACACUAGUAAUGAAAAAGAAAUUCCGUGGUUUCAUUUUUCCGUGAUUUUUGGUUUUAUUUUCGGAUUUUGGGGAGUCUGUGGCUCUUUAGUGUUUAUUAGGUCUUGGAGACAUGCAUAUUUCCUAUUUCUGAGCAAUGUUAAAGAUAUGUUCCUAGCGAUGGCAAAUUAAGAAAUACGAUUAUUGUUUGUUAAUAGUUUUGCCUAUAUAUAAUAAUUUGAUGGCAUAAAGCCCCUUUCACUUUCA